UGGCGGGUUCAUAGUGCCGAAUAGACGGCUGUUUUCUGUACGCGGGACGGCGGAGAGUGGGAGUUCUGAAGGGAGCAGGGACUGACAGGAAGCCUUCCGUUGCUGUCCCCAGGACUUUUCAUAGACUGUGCCCUUUUUGUCCCUUCCUUUACUGACGGGCCAUGUCACUGUCCCACUUGUACCGGGACGGGGAAGGCCGCAUGGAUGAGGAUGAGGAUGAGCAUGAGAACUUUGAGAUCACCGACUGGGAUCUCCAGAAUGAGUUCAACCCCAACCGGCAGCGGCACUGGCAGACCAAGGAAGAGGCCACCUACGGGAUAUGGGCAGAGCGAGACUCGGAUGAAGAGCGACCCAGCUUUGGAGGCAAACGGACUCGUGACUACUCUGCGCCAGUCAGCUUCAUCAGUGCGGGGCUCAAGAAAGGGGCGGCCGAGGAGGCGGAGCUGGAGGAUUCUGAUGACGAAGAGAAACCUGUGAAGCAGGAUGAUUUUCCUAAGGAUUUUGGACCAAAGAAGUUAAAAACGGGAGGCAAUUUUAAACCCAGCCAGAAAGGUUUUGCAGGAGGAACAAAGUCAUUCAUGGACUUUGGCAGCUGGGAAAGACACACAAAAGGGAUUGGGCAGAAGCUUCUUCAGAAGAUGGGCUACGUCCCUGGAAGGGGCCUCGGGAAGAAUGCACAAGGUAUAAUCAACCCUAUUGAAGCCAAACAGAGAAAGGGAAAAGGAGCUGUGGGGGCUUACGGCUCAGAACGCACCACUCAGUCCCUGCAAGACUUCCCCGUGGUUGACUCAGAAGAGGAAGCUGAAGAGGAGUUCCAGAAGGAGCUGAGCCAGUGGAGGAAAGACCCCAGUGGAAGCAAGAAGAAGCCCAAGUACUCUUACAAGACAGUGGAAGAGUUGAAGGCCAAGGGCAGGAUCAGCAAGAAGCUCACCGCUCCCCAGAAGGAGCUUUCUCAGGUCAAGGUCAUAGACAUGACAGGCCGUGAGCAGAAGGUCUACUACAGCUACAGCCAGAUCAGCCACAAGCACAACGUCCCCGACGACGGGCUGCCACUGCAGUCGCAGCAGCUGCCACUGCCUGGCAAAGAGGCCAAGGCCCCAGGCUUUGCACUGCCCGAGCUGGAGCACAACCUGCAGCUGCUUAUCGACCUCACGGAGCAGGAGAUCAUCCAGAGUGACCGGCAGCUGCAGUAUGAGCGGGACAUGGUGGUCAACCUGUCACACGAGCUGGAGAAGAUGUCUGAGGUGCUGGACCACGAGGAGAGGGUCAUCUCCAACCUCAGCAAGGUCCUGGAGAUGGUGGAGGAGUGUGAGCGGCGGAUGCAGCCCAACUGCAGCAACCCCCUCACGCUGGACGAGUGCGCCCGCGUCUUUGAGACCCUGCAGGACAAGUAUUACGAGGAGUACAGGAUGUCCGACCGGGUGGACCUUGCCGUGGCCAUCGUCUACCCGCUCAUGAAGGAGUACUUCAAGGAGUGGGACCCCCUCAAAGACUGCACGUAUGGCACUGAAAUCAUUUCCAAGUGGAAGAGCCUCCUGGAGAAUGACCACCUCUUGUCUCACGGUGGGCAGGACCUCUCGGCGGACGCCUUUCACAGGCUGAUAUGGGAAGUCUGGAUGCCAUUUGUCCGAAAUAUUGUCACCCAGUGGCAACCAAGGAACUGUGACCCGAUGGUGGACUUCCUGGACAGCUGGGUGCGCAUCAUCCCUAUGUGGAUUUCAGACAACAUCCUGGACCAGCUCAUCUUCCCCAAGCUGCAGAAAGAGGUGGAAAACUGGAACCCGCUGACAGACACUGUCCCCAUCCACUCAUGGAUCCACCCGUGGCUCCCGCUCAUGCAGGCGCGUCUGGAGCCACUCUACUCUCCCAUCCGCAGCAAGCUGUCCAGCGCCCUGCAGAAGUGGCACCCCAGCGACUCCUCCGCCAAGCUCAUCCUCCAGCCUUGGAAGGAUGUUUUCACCCCUGGCUCCUGGGAAGCGUUCAUGGUCAAGAACAUUGUGCCCAAGCUGGGGAUGUGCCUUGGGGAGCUCGUCAUUAACCCCCACCAGCAGCACAUGGAUGCCUUUUACUGGGUGAUCGACUGGGAGGGGAUGAUCUCUGUCUCCAGCCUAGUGGGGCUUCUCGAAAAGCACUUCUUCCCCAAGUGGCUUCAGGUGCUGUGCUCCUGGCUCAGUAACAGCCCCAAUUACGAGGAGAUCACCAAGUGGUACCUGGGCUGGAAAUCCAUGUUCUCAGACCAAGUCCUGGCCCACCCAUCCGUCAAGGACAAAUUUAACGAAGCACUUGAUAUCAUGAACAGGGCUGUGUCCUCCAACGUUGGUGCCUACAUGCAGCCCGGAGCGCGGGAGAACAUCGCCUACCUCACCCACACGGAGCGGAGGAAGGACUUCCAGUAUGAGGCCAUGCAGGAGCGGCGGGAAGCCGAGAACAUGGCCCAGAGGGGCAUCGGUGUGGCUGCCAGCUCAGUGCCCAUGAACUUCAAGGACCUCAUCCAGACCAAGGCUGAGGAGCACAACAUCGUUUUUAUGCCCGUCAUUGGGAAGCGGCACGAGGGGAAGCAGCUGUACACCUUCGGCCGCAUCGUGAUCUACAUUGACCGGGGAGUGGUGUUUGUCCAGGGGGAGAAGACCUGGGUGCCCACCUCCUUGCAGAGCCUGAUUGACAUGGCCAAAUAGACGGCCGCAGGGCCGGAGCAGGCCCGAGACUGGGACCUCGGAGGGCAUUCAAAAACGUUUCCUGUGAAUAAAAGUAUUAUUUAAAUGAUUCUUCCAAAGGGCAACUUCUGUCUGUUCAGGAGAUAACUCCCUGUCAGGCAGGGUCACCCAGAAAAGAUAGAGAACAUGAUUAAGCUACUUUAUUUACAGAAGUGCAUCAAUCUUUACACCAGUUCCUUACGUGCUUAUCUGCCAAGCAGGACAGCCAAGUUGAUGUAUUUCCUGUUCUUAUUUCUAAAAUCUGGCCCACUGGAGUUGUCUGUAUUCCUCCCCCACAGCCUUCCCUUUCAUCUCUGGUGGCAGACUUUCCCUCAGCCAACAUGGAAUACAUUAUAAUGAGCUCGAGUCACCAGCUGAAGGGUCUUCUGUCUUCUUCCUGAUGAUUUCAAGGUCCUCGCAGUCCUGAUAAUCUGGUUCUUCCCGGAACACCCACGUAUCCGCAGAGAGUUGUUUUAACUUUUGUGCAGGGAACCAGUGGACGGAGGUGUCAUUAAAUAUGUCUGUGUACUGUGGGGUCUGAGGAAAUUCAAGCUCCUCCAGGCCUUUGAAAAUCUGAGCAGAAAAAUUCAAAUGUAAAAGGUGAAAGCCUGAUAAGCACAGUAACCCCCACUCUUUUGGGUUAUACUUCUAUUAGUUUUCACCCCCAUGUUCUCUUUUUUAAAAUAUAAGCAAUAGGAUAUUUUGAUUUAAAUGCUCUUGUGUAAUGGAUUGGAAGCCCCAAAGCAGUGGACAUGUUAGACUGUUAUACCAAGAAUAAAGGAAAUUAG